AUGCAACACAGCGAAGCGCACUACUGGCUUCGACUAGCGAACGCGUCUGCGGCUGUCUUGGAGAGGAAGAAACGUCAGUUCGAGGGGAAAUCUGGGUCCUACAGUGUGCAGGGCGUUUAUGAUAAAGCGUGCGAAGCGUACGGUCCGUCAGUCAGCAGUCAGUCAUCCCGUUCAACAUCACUAUCCACUGAACUCCAUCUGUCACGUCGCGUUCUUUGCGCCUCACCAAAGUGGCCAGGUCUGAGCAGCAACAAACAGACGCUUCUUCAGAACAGCAUGACUCCACAUCCUGUUUCAACUGAAUAA